AUGCAUCAAAUACUUAUGGUUUCAUUGUAUUUAUUGAUAGCUCUACUUGUAUCAUCAACAAUUAUGUAUGAUUUUGAGCAUGGAGAGCUCCUCGAACCGACUACUUUGACAUGGUAUCGUUAUAAUGGAAAUGAUACGGAAAUAAGUCCAUUCCAGUCAAUAAUAGGUACCUUUUGGUGGUCAAUAGCCACAUUGACCACAACCGGCUACGGAGAUGCAGUACCUAUCACUGCAUCAGGCAGAAUUAUAGCUGGAGCAACUAUGAUUUGUGGUAUAUUGGUGAUAGCAUUACUAACAUCUAUCAUCGGAUCAAAUUUCGUAUCAGAAUGGGAGAAUCAUAAAAGAGCCAAACUUAAGCAAAGACCAAUCGCUGACAUUCUAAAAGGAGCUGAAAUUAGUAAAAAAAAAAAGAUACGUAUGUUACAAAAACAAAACGGAAUAAUGCUAGAAACAAUAACAGAAAUUCAAGAUAAAUUGCUUGAUUUAAAUCCAUCGUACCCGAAAUGUAAAAACAUUCGUGCCAAAUAUUUUGAGGCAAUGAAAAGAAUAUCUGAAUUGGAGACUGAAUUAGAAAAAUGGAAAAAAACUACUCAUGAUAAUAAUAAUGUUAGUUACAAUUCAGAAAAUUCAAUAAAGAAUAAUAAAGACAAUCAUGUUAAUUUUAGUAACGAUUCAGUGAAAAAAGAUUCAGAUCAGAAUAAAAAUUCAAAUGAAGUUAAAUUAGAAAUUCAUCUAUAA